CUUGGGUUUUAAUAUUGUUCAUUCCCUUGCAUUUAUUUUGGAUACAAAAUUGGCUGUAAUGCAAGGACAGAGGAGUGCCUUAGAUUCAUUUCCUGAAUCUCUAGAUCUUAACCAGGGAUCUGUUUCCGAUAAUACUGGAAUGGAUCAGUCGGCUGCUUGGAACAACAUGGAAAGCCAAUUGUCAAACUACAUGCUUCCUUCCGGUGAGGGGAAUUCUAGCAGUGUCAAUGCUAUCAGGCAUAAUUCUCAUAGUUUUAGCGGCUGGAACUUGGGUGAUUCUAGUUCUAGUUCAAAUCUACAAUACCAGAACUCAAAUGAUGGAUCAGGAAUGGAACAUGGCUGGUCAUAUUCGUUUAGUGCUCCUGCCGGGAUUGAUGCAAGAGUAGAAGAACAACGAUUUGAACCAACUAAUGCCCUUCUUCGUGAGAGUGGUAGUAGUAGCUUUGGUAGCAGGGUUGCUGGUAGAAAUUUAGGUAUGCAGAGGUCUGUUGCAAAUCAUAUUCCACUGAAUGCAAAUUUAAAUGCCGGGUACAUGGGCGACAUUGAUAAUGGUAGUUGGGAUAGGGCUUCUUCUGGCAAUGUGGGGACUUCUUCUGGAAAUUUUAACUUGAUGGAGAAUGAUGGUGGAUCAGGUUCUUUUUCAGGCAGCUGGGGAUUAUGCUGCAAGAGAAAGGCUCUUGAAGGUACUUCUGCACAGUUUUACUCUGGUGGGAGCUCAAGCUGCUUUCCACAGUCUGAGAACAUUGUACGACAAACUAUUCCUGGUCGUUAUAAUGCUUCUAGCAGUUUAAGUAUAUCUUCUCCACCGGUGACCUCGCUCAACAUUAGUAAUUUGGAACAGCUAGAUCCGGGAAUUGGAGUUGGGGCUAGAGGAGUAGCUUUUGAUGUUUUUCCUACCUCUAGUGUUACUGGAAUUGCAGAAAAUACCCGAAGAAAUUAUGGUGUUAGAGGGAAUCUGGGACAGCAGGAAUCUGCUCCAUUUGAUUUACCAUUUACAGGGACUGCCACCAGACGUUCGACCAUUUGCUCUUCCCACCAGCCAUCUAGACCCAUCACAUUUUCUGAUUCUCUGGAUUUGAGACCAACCACUUCAGUAGAUGAUCCACCAAACCAACCUCAUUUAAUGCAUGCCCAUGGUCUGCCAAGAAGUAUUACUCCCUUCCCUUGGAAUGGAGCUUCUAAUCUGAGAGCUCGAAGUUCACCAAGUUCUCUUAUGCUUUCGGGAGAGCGAGGUGGUGUAUCGCGAGAUGAAGCGAACUUGAGAAGCAACUUAAGAAACAAUGCAGCAGAGUACCCCAUGUUUGUUUCUUCAACUGAGACAAGGAAUUUGGUACAAGACCCUGCUAAUUGGAAUUUAACCGCAGGAAGUUCAAGCUCUGCUGGGGGUGUUCCUUCUGGUUCUCGACUUGGUCCUGGUUCUGGUAUCGACUGGUCCUGGUCCCCUCCUGUUCCUAAUGUUUGGAUUCCUCAUCACAACACCCCAACUCAAAAUCAUCAAAGAUCGUCAGAAGUUGCUCCUUGGACUCUGUUUACUUCUGUUGGAUCUGAGUCUGAAGGUCAGAGAGGUCAUUUUUCACUGUUGCCUUCAGGCUCCUCUUCUUCUUCAGACGAGACAGCAAUGCCAUCUGGACGUAGGAGCCGGGACCAUCGUCAACUGUAUCCAAGGUCAGCAUUACAGAUGGAGGAACCGGGUGAAGAUGUUGUUGGCCGGCGUGCCUUAGUUGCUGCUGCUGAGGGGAGACAAAGACUGGUAUCUGAG